CGUAGUCAACUGACCUAGCCCGGAAGUGGCCGGAGCUUGGCUCUGAACUCAGAAGCCGCGACCAGUGCCAGACAGAGGGAGAGGGCCCGGGCGCAGCGAUGGCUCCGGACCCCUGGUUGUCUAUGUACGAUUCCACUUGUCACAUUGCACAAGAGAUUGCUGAAAAAAUCCAGGAACGUAAUCGAUGUCAAAGAAAUGGGGAAAAUUCAACGAAGCUUAAUGUGACAAUCCGAUCAUUGUUGCAGAAUCUCAAGGUAAAGAUCGACCAGCUGAAGGACUUACUGCUUCGAGCUAUAUCAACACGUCAGAUAACGCAAUUGGAGGGAGACAGAAGGCAAAACUUAGUGGAUGACCUUCUCACGCGGCAGAGACAACUUGAAGCAUCCUAUAAGAAUGAUGGCACAGAAUCAGAUGUGAUAAGGUACGAUAUUGCAAUUUUAAAGGAGCAGUGUGACGGUAUAUGUUUUGAACGUGUCUCUAAAGACAGCACUCUAAAUGCUUCUCUUGAUUACAUUUUUAUUUACAUGUAGAAAACUUCAUAUCUA